ACUUCCGCUGUCGGGAGGCGAGGUUGGGGUUGAGGUUCUUCGCAGUUCGGUGAGUUAACCCCGCGUCCUGGCGAUCCCUCGGGACCUUCUUCGCCUCGGCGUGGGCUGAGCAGUGACUUGGUCCCUCCUCUUGGCUCUGCCCCCCAGAACGCUGCCUUUCUCCGAAGGGAAGAGGAGAGAAAUGAUCCAGUUCCAGGAGGCGGUGACCUUCAAGGACGUGGCUGUGGUCUUCACCGAGGAGGAGCUGGGGCUGCUGGACCCGUCCCAGAGGAAGCUGUACCGAGACGUGAUGCUGGAGAACUUCUGGAACCUGGUGUCCCUGGGGCAUCUGUCCUCUAAACCAGAUGUGAUAUCCCAGUUGGAGAGAGAGGAAAAGCUUUGGAUGACGGAGAUCGAGCCUCAAAGAGGUGGGCAUUCAGGGCAGAACUGUGCAGCUGGAGUCCUUGGAGGAGGCAGGAAUGAAAAUGAGAUGGAGACUCUCCGUGAAGCAGGAGUUAGGUGCCUUCCUUUGGGAGAGCUUUCAUGCUGGCAAAUCAGGAGGCAUGUUGAGAGUAAAUUAACAAAAAGUCAAGUCUCCAUGGUACAUAAUCAAGAAAAGAGUUCUCAAGUCCCCAAACAACAUAAUUUCCCCGGUCGGGUGGGGACAGGAAUAGCCAUUCAGGCUGAUGUGAAAGACAGCUAUAUAAUGAAUCUCGUAGAGAAACAUUCCAGGAUUAAUGAAAAUCAGGACGUUCCAACAAAGAGAGCUCAGAAUUCUUGGAGUCAAAUAUAUCUGAACGAGACACUGAAUUAUCAGAGAAGCUGUAAGCAGAUGCCAGUGGAAAACAAGUUAUGUAUAUUUGUUCCGUGUGCUAACAUCUUCAGUUGUAAUUCGCACCAUCGUGAUGAUGAUACAGCACACAAAAGAGAAAAAGCUCACAGCAACAGAGAUUGUGGUGAAGACAUCUCAAAGGUGUCACCUCUUGCCCAGUUCGGUAUAAUCCAUACAGGACAGAAAAGCUACCAGUGGAAUGAAUGUGAAAAAGCAUUCACUGAGAGCUCCGGUCUGCAAGUUCAUCAGCAGGUACACUCGGGAAAGAAGCCCCUUACCUGUAGUUCGCACGCGGAUCCCAGUUACGGCUCAGCCACUCCGGGUCAACAAUAUGUUCACGCAAGAAAAAAACGCUAUUGGUGUCAUGAGUGUGGGAAGGGUUUUAGUCAGAGCUCCAACCUGCAAACUCAUCAGAGAGUCCACACAGGGGAGAAACCCUAUUCAUGCCUAGAGUGCGGUAAGAGCUUUAAUCAGACCUCGCACCUCUACGCUCACUUGCCCAUUCACACAGGAGAGAAGCCCUAUAGAUGUGAAAGUUGUGGGAAGGGCUUCAGUCGUAGCACAGAUCUUAAUAUUCAUUGCAGAGUCCACACUGGAGAGAAACCUUAUAAAUGUGAGGUAUGUGGAAAGGGCUUCACGCAGAGAUCACAUCUUCAGGCCCACGAAAGAAUCCACACUGGAGAGAAACCAUAUAAAUGUGCAGAUUGUGGUAAACGCUUUAGUUGUAGCUCAAACCUCCAUACCCAUCAGCGAGUCCACACCGAAGAGAAACCAUACAGAUGUGAGGAGUGUGGGAAGUGCUUUAGUUUGAGCUUUAAUCUCCACAGUCACCAACGAGUCCAUACGGGGGAGAAACCCUAUAAAUGUGAGGAGUGUGGGAAGGGCUUUAGUUCAGCUUCAAGUUUCCAGAGCCAUCAGAGGGUUCACACGGGAGAGAAACCGUUUCGAUGCAAUGUGUGUGGGAAGGGCUUCAGUCAGAGUUCAUAUUUUCAAGCCCAUCAGAGAGUCCACACUGGAGAAAAGCCAUACAAAUGUGAGGUGUGUGGGAAGCGCUUCAAUUGGAGCUUGAAUCUUCACAAUCAUCAACGAGUCCACACAGGAGAGAAACCCUAUAAAUGCGAGGAGUGUGGGAAGGGCUUCAGUCAGGCCUCAAAUCUUCAAGCUCAUCAGAGUGUCCACACUGGAGAGAAACCAUUCAAAUGUGAUGCGUGUCAGAAGCGAUUCAGUCAGUCUUCACAUCUUCAAGCCCAUCAGAGAGUCCACACUGGGGAGAAGCCAUAUAAAUGUGAUACCUGUGGUAAGGCUUUCAGCCAAAGGUCAAAUCUUCAAGUCCAUCAAAUAAUUCACACUGGGGAGAAACCAUUUAAAUGUGAGCAGUGUGGGAAAGAAUUCAGUUGGAGUGCUGGGCUCAGUGCUCACCAGAGGGUCCACACAGGAGAGAAGCCCUACAUGUGCCAGCAGUGUGGUAAGGGCUUCAGUCAGGCCUCACAUUUUCACACACACCAGCGGGUCCACACCGGAGAGAGACCUUACAUAUGUGAUGUAUGUUGUAAAGGCUUCAGCCAGAGAUCACAUCUUGUAUAUCAUCAGAGAAUCCACACUGGAGGGAAUCUAUAGAAAUGUGAGGUGUGACAUAGCCUAAUUAGAGUUCACAUCUUUCUGUCCAUUAGGAAGCCUGUUCUGCUAAUUGUGAAAAGCUCCUUCAGAGCUCAGAAGCCUCGAGGAACUGUCCAGGGAAGCAGCUGUAUAAAAUGUGUUUUAACUCAGUUGGGGCAUGAAUUCUUUAUAAAUAUCAGAUUUCACAUGAGAGACAACUGGUUUUAUAAAUAUGAUAAGUAGUUACACUAGAGCUUUCAAUGUCCCAGUUCUGAAGAUGAACACAACAGGAGAACCCUCCAUUUCAUUAGAGUCUGCCCAGAAGAGAAUAAAGAUUAUGUGCAGAACUCUUUAACAAAAGGAUAGUAAUGGUCAAAAUUGCAGUCAACUACAGUGUAGCUUCCACAUAGGUUAGAGGUGUUUCUCACCACUGUGUGUCUAUCUUGUAGAACUGCUUGGCUUGUAAUAAGUGUCCAGCAAUUACUGAAUAAAGUGUAGAAAAUCAUUAUAAUUAGGACAAAUAUUUGAAAAUUCUAGUCUGUUCUCUACCUUAAAUUCAGAACAGCAUACUCAAAAGGAAUAAUGCAGCCAGGCCAGUGUGACUCAGUGGUUGAGUGUGGCCCUAUGAACCAGAAGGUCAUGGUUCGAUUCCUGGUCAGGGC